AUGGCGAAACGAAGAUUCCUUUCACUUGAGCGUCGAUUAGAGCGUCAGCAGACUCUCAAAGAGGAUUAUGUUAAGUUCAUGCAAGAAUAUUUGAUGUUAGGUCAUAUGAGUCGUGUCGACAACUUUGACAAUAUCACACCGCACUAUAUAAUACCUCAUCAUUGCAUAUUGCGGCCUCAAAGUACCACAACAAAAUUACGCGUCGUAUUUGAUGCAUCUGCACGCACAUCAACGGGUCGAUCACUUAAUGAAAUCUUAAUGGUGGGACCUACAAUUCAGCAGGAUCUUAUUUUGACAUUAUUGACAUUUCGUUUACAUCGCUAUGCACUGACUGCGGAUAUAUCAAAAAUGUAUCGACAGUUUGUAGUUGAUCCAAGAGAUCGUAAUUUUCAAUUAGUUAUUUGGAGAAAUACUGUUAAUGAACCUCUGCAACUUUUUCAGCUCAACACAGUAACUUACGGAAUGUCAGCAGCACCAUUUCUGGCCAUCAGAAGCCUGACUUACCUUGCAAAUGCGUAUCAGAAGGAGAUGCCAAUUGGAGCUUCAGUUUUGAGCAAUGACUUGUAUGUUGAUGACUUGCUAACGGGAGCAGACACAAUUGAGGAGCUUUGCAUCAAAGUAUCACAAGUGACUAAGAUAGCAGCAAAUGCAGGAUUACAAUUGGCAAAAUGGAGCUCCAACCACAAAAAUUGGGUAAACUCAAGUGACGAAUACCAAAUUCUUUUAAACGAAGAUGAUAUUACCAAAACUAUCGGUUUGGCGUGGAGGCCACCAGAUGACGUUUUUUGCUUUCAAUAUAAGCAACAAGAGUCAAAGGCUGCGACCAAACGUACUAUUUUAUCAGUUGUUGCUCGAAUUUUUGAUCUUUUGGGACUAUUGAGUCCUAUUGUUAUACGGUGUAAAAUCUUGAUACAGGAAUUAUGGAUUCAUCAACUGGGUUGGGAUGAUCCAUUGCCUUCAAUUCUAAACCAAUCAUGGAUACAAAUUCAAUCUGAUUUGGAAUAUCUUAACCACAUUGAAGUACCAAGUUAUGUUUUAACAUCAUCAGCUUGCUACAGUCAGGUACACGGAUUUGCCGAUGCUUCUCAACGAGCAUUCGGAUGUUGUAUAUAUAUUCGGUCAAAUCAUAAUGGCUUUUACAAAUCCUCGUUGUUAAUAUCAAAAUCAAAAGUUGCGCCGAUCAAAGCAGUAUCGCUGCCUCGUUUAGUAUUAUGCGCUGCCGUACUUCUUUGUAAAACUUGGAACAAAAUAAAACCAAAAGUAUUACCAUUUAUUAAUGGAAUCUUUUUUUGGACAGAUUCUAAAAUAGUGUUACAUUGGAUGAAGAUGCAUUCGUCAACUUUAAAUUGUUUUGUAGCUAACCGUGUUUCUGAACUACAAGACUAUUCGCGCGGCACUACGUGGAGUUACGUCCCAAGUAAGCAAAACCCAGCUGAUACAGUAUCUCGAGGCUGUCAAGCACGCGAGCUGAAGGAUUCGAUUUGGUUUUGUGGACCAAAGUUUUUGUCGCUUCCAUUAGCAGAAUGGCCAAAAGAAACAUUGACAACUGAACUUCUAGCAAAAGACCUUGAACAACGUAAACCUACAGUCUUGAAAUGUAGCAACAGUGGUAUCGAUGAACAUAUAUUCAAUAAAAUUAUUGAUGAUUUUUCGUCAUUUCGUCGUAUUGUUCGAAUAAUAUCAUAUAUCCUUCAGAACACCAAAUUGAAUGUAACAAGCCAAACGUAUGCAAAUGUUGUUAAAUCUAACAAUAUAAACACUCAAGAGCACGUAAACUCAGCUCAGCAAAACGAUUUUCCUGAGCUUAAAUCAAUGCUCAAAACGGUUAUGGAACAAAUGAGCUCUAUGCUCAACCUCCUAACCACAUUUGUCGCUAAUACAUCCAAAUAA